AGUGUCGCGGGCCGCGGUGUCACCCGGCCGCUGCCGCAGCGAGCGCGGCGGGGCCGCGGCGGCCGGGACGCGACAGGGCCGCGACCGCCACCGCCACCGGCACCGGGACAGCCACCGGGACAGCCACCGGGACAGCCACCGGGACCGGGACAGCCACCGGGACCGAGCAGGCGCUCGGCGGCCAUGGCCGGGAACAGCCUGGUGCUGCCCAUCGUGCUGUGGGGCCGGCGCGCCCCGACCCACUGCGUGUCCUCCCUGCUGCUCGUGGAUGGCUCCGUCAUCGUCACCGGCUGCCACGACGGGCAGAUCUGCCUCUGGGACCUGGGUCCCGACCUGCAGAUCAAUCCCAGAGCUCUGCUCUUUGGUCAUACAGCCUCGGUUACUUGUUUGUCCAAGGCCUCAGCUUCCAGUGAAAAGCAAUAUAUAGUGAGUGCAUCAGAGAGUGGGGAGAUGUGCCUGUGGGAUGUGAACGACGGGCGCUGCAUCGAGUUCACCAAGCUGGCCUGUGCACACACGGGCAUCCAGUUCUAUCAGUUCACGGUCGGCACGCAGCGGGAAGGGAGGCUCCUGUGCCACGGGCAUUAUCCUGAAAUCCUGGUGGUGGAUGCAACCAGCCUGGAGGUGCUUUACUCGCUGAUAUCCAAGAUCUCUCCCGACUGGAUCAGCUCCAUGGCCAUCAUCCGCUCCAACAGGACACAAGAGGACACUGUGGUGGCUGUGUCCGUGACUGGCAUCCUGAAGGUCUGGAUCAUCACCUCGGAAGUCAGUCGCAUGCAGGACACCACGCCGGUGUUUGAGGAGGAGUCCAAGCCCAUCUACUGCGAGAACUGCCAGAGCAUUUCCUUCUGCGCCUUCACGCAGCGCUCGCUCCUGCUCGUGUGCUCCAAGUACUGGAGGGUCUUUGAUGCUGGAGAUUAUUCCCUCUUAUGUUCAGUGCCCAGUGAGAAUGAGCAGACCUGGACUGGUGGGGACUUUGUGGCAGCUGAUAAAGUGAUUGUGUGGACAGAGGAUGGACAAAGUUUCAUCUAUAAAUUACCAGCCAGCUGCCUCCCAGCCAGUGACUCAUUCCGCAGGGACGUGGGGAAGGCAGUGGAGAACCUGAUUCCUCCUUUGCUGUACAGCGUGCUGGACAGAGCAGAGAAGCAGCUCCUGAUAUGUCCUCCAGUGACUCGCUUCUUCUGCGGCCAGAGGGAGUUUCCCUACAGGCUGUUGAUCCAAGGGGACUCCUCGGGGAGGCUGUGCAUCUGGAGCGUGCCCGACGCCCUGGAGCAGCAGGAGGGUGCAAAAGGCCUGCAGACAGCCACGUCCAGGUCCCUGCAGGAGGCCUUUGACCAGCUGAGCCCGCGGCCCGCGGGCAUCAUCGACCAGCUGAGCAUGGUGGCCAACGCCAGCGAGCCGCUGCGCGUCACCGCCAGCGUCUACAUGCCGGCCCACGGGCGGCUGGCCUGUGGCCGCGAGGACGGCAGCAUCGUCAUCGUGCCGGCCACGCAGACUGCCAUCGUGCAGCUGCUGCAGGGGGAGCACAUGCUGCGCCGAGGCUGGCCCCCGCACCGGACGCUGCGAGGCCACCGGAACAAGGUGACGUGCUUGCUGUACCCUCACCAGGUGUCCUCCCGCUACGACCAGAGGUACCUCAUCUCAGGGGGGGUGGAUUUCUCCGUCAUCAUCUGGGAUAUCUUCUCGGGAGAGAUGAAACACAUCUUCUGUGUGCACGGCGGAGAGAUCACCCAGCUGCUGGUUCCACCAGAAAACUGCAGUGCCAGAGUCCAGCACUGCGUUUGCUCUGUUGCCAGCGAUCACUCCGUGGGUCUGCUGAGCCUCAGGGAGAAGAAGUGCAUCAUGCUGGCCUCCCGGCACCUCUUCCCCAUCCAGGUGAUCAAGUGGAGGCCGUCCGAUGACUACCUGGUGGUGGGCUGCUCCGACGGCUCCGUGUACGUCUGGCAGAUGGACACCGGCGCCCUGGACCGCUGCGUGAUGGGCAUCACGGCCGUGGAGAUCCUCAGCGCGUGCGACGAGGCCGUGCCGGCCGCCGUGGACGCGCUCAGCCACCCCGCCGUCAACCUGAAGCAGGCCAUGACGCGCCGCAGCCUGGCCGCCCUCAAGAACGUGGCCCACCAGAAGCUGCAGACGCUGGCCACCAACCUGCUGGCCUCCGAGGCCUCGGACAAGGGCAACUUACCGAAAUACUCGCACAACUCGCUGACGGUCCAGGCCAUCAAGACGAACCUGACGGACCCCGACAUCCACGUGCUGUUCUUCGACGUGGAGGCGCUGAUCAUCCAGCUGCUGACGGAGGAGGCGGCGCGGCCCAGCGCGGCGCCCGCGUCCCCGGAGAGCGCGCGCCGCGCCCCCGGCGCCGCCGACCGCGCCGGCUCCUUCCUGGCCGGCAAGCGCGCCGCCGUGCUCUUCCAGCAGGUCAAGGAGACCAUCAAGGAGAACAUCAAGGAGCACCUCCUGGACGAUGAGGACGAGGAUGAGGAGGCCUCGAGGCACAGGAGGGAGGACGGCGACCCGGAGUAUCGCUCCAGCAAGUCCAAGCCGCUGACGCUGCUGGAGUACAACCUGACCAUGGACACGGCCAAGCUCUUCAUGUCGUGCCUGCACGCCUGGGGCCUGAACGCGGUGCUGGACGAGCUGUGCCUGGAGCGCCUGGGCAUGCUGAAGCCGCACUGCUCCGUGUCCUUCGGGCUCCUGUCGCGCGGCGGCCACAUGUCCCUGAUGCUGCCCGGCUACAACCAGCCCGUGGGCCUGGGCGGGAAGGUGCCAGUGGCAGAGGGGCUGGGGAAGGGCACCUACGGCGUGUCGCGGGCCGUCACCACGCAGCACCUGCUGUCCGUCAUCUCGCUGGCCAACACGCUGAUGAGCAUGACCAACGCCACCUUCAUCGGGGAGCACAUGAAGAAAGGGCCCAGCAGGCCGCCCAGGCCGGGCACGCCCGAGAUGGCCAAGGUGAAGCCUCCCCCUGCCGUGUCCAGCCAUGCAGCACAGGGGCAGAUCAAACAAGUUGCUGCUGCUUCCAGCACGGAAUCUGGGCACUCUGACACUUCUGCUUUCCAUUCCUGUUUCUUAGUCAACGAAGGCUGGAGCCAGCUGGCUGCCAUGCACUGCGUGAUGCUGCCCGACCUGCUGGGGCUGGAGAAGUUCCAGCCGCCGCUGCUGGAGAUGCUGGCGCGCCGGUGGCAGGACCGCUGCCUGGAGGUGCGCGAGGCGGCGCAGGCGCUGCUGCUGGCGGAGCUGCGCAGGAUCGAGCAGGCGGGCCGCAAGGAGACCAUCGACACCUGGGCCCCCUACCUGCCCCAGUGCAUGGACAGCGUCAUCUCCCCUGGGGUGACCACAGAAGGCCUGCAGAGUGCCAGUGCCACCCCGGAGCCCUCGGGAGCAGAAGCCAAAGUGCAGGAGGAGGAGCCCGACCUGGUGGACGAUGACAUCGCAGCAGGCUGCCUGGCGGGGCUGGCCCAGCCCAAGAAGGUGUCCACGUCCUACGAGGAGCGGCGCAAGCAGGCCACGGCCAUCGUGCUGCUGGGCGUCAUCGGCGCCGAGUUCGGCGCCGAGAUCGAGCCGCCCAAGCUGCUGACGCGGCCGCGCAGCUCCAGCCAGAUCCCCGAGGGCUUCGGCCUCACCAGCGCCGGCUCCAACUACUCCCUGGCCAGGCACACGUGCAAGGCGCUGACGUUCCUGCUGCUGCAGCCGCCCAGCGCGCGGCUGCCGGCGCACAGCACCGUGCGCCGCACCGCCAUCGACCUCAUCGGCCGCGGCUUCACCGUCUGGGAGCCCUACAUGGACGUGUCGGCCGUGCUCAUGGGGCUGCUGGAGCUCUGCGCCGACGCCGAGAAGCAGCUGGCCAACAUCACAAUGGGGCUGCCCCUGAGCCCGGCGGCCGACUCGGCGCGCUCGGCUCGCCACGCGCUGUCGCUCAUCGCCACGGCCCGCCCGCCCGCCUUCAUCACCACCAUCGCCAAGGAGGUGCACAGGCACACGGCGCUGGCGGCCAACACGCAGUCGCAGCAGAACAUCCACACCAGCACGCUGGCCCGCGCCAAGGGCGAGAUCCUGCGCGUCAUCGAGAUCCUCAUCGACAAGAUGCCCGCCGACGUGGUGGACCUGCUGGUGGAGGUGAUGGACAUCAUCAUGUACUGCCUGGAAGGAUCUUUGGUUAAGAAAAAGGGUCUUCAGGAAUGUUUUCCAGCCAUCUGCAGGUUCUACAUGGUGAGCUACUACGAGCGCAGCCACCGCGUCGCCGUGGGCGCGCGCCACGGCUCCGUGGCCCUCUACGACAUCCGCACGGGCAAGUGCCAGACCAUCCACGGCCACAAGGGACCCAUCACGGCCGUGGCCUUCGCCCCCGACGGCCGCUACCUGGCCACCUACUCCAACUCGGACAGCCACCUGUGCUUCUGGCAGAUGAACACCUCCCUGCUGGGCAGCAUCGGCAUGCUCAACUCGGCCCCGCAGCUGCGCUGCGUCAAGACCUUCCAGGUGCCGCCGGUGCAGCCGGCCUCGCCGGGCUCGCACACCGCGCUGCGCCUGGCGCGCCUCAUCUGGACCUCCAACCGCAACAUCAUCCUCAUGGCGCACGACGGCAAGGAGCACCGCUUCAUGGUCUAGGGACAGCGUCCUCAUGGCCACGAGGGCAAGGAGCACCGCUUCAUGGUCUAGGGACAGCGUCCUCAUGGCCACGAGGGCAAGGAGCACCGCUUCAUGGUCUAGGGACAGCGUCCUCAUGGCCACGAGGGCAAGGAGCACCGCUUCAUGGUCUGGGGACAGCAUCCUCAUGGCCACGAGGGCAAGGAGCACCGCUUCAUGGUCUAGGGACAGCGUCCUCAUGGCCACGAGGGCAAGGAGCACCGCUUCAUGGUCUAGGGACAGCGUCCUCAUGGCCACGAGGGCAAGGAGCCCCGCUUCAUGGUCUAGGGACAGCGUCCUCAUGGCCACGAGGGCAAGGAGCCCCGCUUCAUGGUCUGGGCACAGCCAGGGUCUGUCCCUGCACCCCUUCAUGGCCAUGGCACAGCCAGGGUCUGUCCCUGCACCCCUUCAUGGCCAUGGCACAGCCAGGGUCUGUCCCUGCACCCCUUCAUGGCCAUGGCACAGCCAGGGUCUGUCCCUGCACCCCUUCAUGGCCGUGGCACAGCCAGGGUCUGGCCCUGCACCCCUUCAUGGCCAUGGCACAGCCAGGGUCUGGCCCUGCACCCCUUCAUGGUCUGGGGACAGCCAGGGUCUGUCCCUGCACCCCUUCAUGGCCAUGGCACAGCCAAGGUCUGUCCCUGCACCCCUUCAUGGUCUGGGCACAGCCAGGGUCUGUCCCUGCACCCCUUCAUGGUCUGGGCACAGCCAGGGUCUGUCCCUGCACCCCUUCAUGGCCAUGGCACAGCCAGGGUCUGUCCCUGCACCCCUUCAUGGCCAUGGCACUGCCAGGGUCUGUCCCUGCAGGGCUUCAUGGUCUGGGCACAGCCAGGGUCUGUCCCUGCACCCCUUCAUGGCCAUGGCACAGCCAGGGUCUGUCCCUGCACCCCUUCAUGGCCAUGGCACAGCCAGGGUCUGUCCCUGCACCCCUUCAUGGUCUGGGCACUGCCAGGGUCUGUCCCUGCACCCCUUCUUGGUCUGGGCACAGCCAAGGUCUGUCCCUGCACCCCUUCAUGGCCAGGGCACAGCCAGGGUCUGUCCCUGCACCCCUUCAUGGCCAGGGCACAGCCAGGGUCUGUCCCUGCACCCCUUCAUGGCCAUGGCACUGCCAGGGUCUGUCCCUGCAGGGCUUCAUGGUCUGGGCACAGCCAGGGUCUGUCCCUGCACCCCUUCAUGGCCAUGGCACAGCCAGGGUCUGUCCCUGCACCCCUUCAUGGCCAUGGCACAGCCAGGGUCUGUCCCUGCACCCCUUCAUGGCCAUGGCACUGCCAGGGUCUGGCCCUGCACCCCUUCAUGGCCAUGGCACAGCCAGGGUCUGUCCCUGCACCCCUUCAUGACCAUGGGGACAGCCAGGGUCUGUCCCUGCACCCCUUCAUGGUCUGGGCACAGCCAGGGUCUGUCCCUGCACCCCUUCAUGGUCUAGGGACAGCCAGGGUCUGUCCCUGCACCCCUUCAUGGCCAUGGCACAGCCAGGGUCUGUCCCUGCACCCCUUCAUGGCCAUGGCACAGCCAGGGUCUGUCCCUGCAGCUCCCCAGGGUCCCCUGCAUGGCACCCACCCCCAUCCCUCGGCAGUGGCAGUGUUUACCAAAAAGGCUUUUACCAAAAAGUGUUUACAUGGUGACCACUUGGGGAUGGGGUCUGGGGGCCUGUGCUGAGCUGCUGUCUGAAGGGGUUGGAUGUGCUGCCGUGGCCAGGCCGGAAGGAAAAAUAGUCCACAUGUAAAUAAAUAAUUUAAAAAUGCUGUUAAAUGGCAGGCUUGGGGGAAAAAAAAAGUAUUUAUGUAGAAAGGUGGUUUUUGCCACCGGUGCAGGUAUUUAUUUAAAUAAAGGACAAAGGGGGCCAUUUUGAAUGGAGAAAUGAUCAAAAUUAUGGAAAAAAAUGAAUUGUUGACUGGAUGUACUGAAAUAUUUCCUUCAGUAGGAAUAUUCCUGUGUGACACUCGCUGUGACUGUGUUUCCUUCUUACAUAUCUGAUUUUGUGGAAUAUUUUGUGUGAAAUUUUCUGGUUUCUGCUCAUGGGAAAGAGAGAAAAUCUCUCCAAUCCUUUUAUUUCAGUAUCUCUGUUUGUGCAGCUUUUCCUUGGCCGCAGAGCUCGGACCUGAGGCUGGCACUGCCUGCUAAGCUAAAAAUGGUACUUGUUCCCCAAAUGAAGGGAUCCAUUUCUCACCUGGCUCCAAAAGAGACAUGAAAUGUCUUUUACUGUGCUUGGGGUUAUCUGUGUGGUGCAGGGUGGGGUUUGCAGCCCGGGAGCUCUGUGUCUGUGUGCUGUGCCAGGGCUGCUGCCCGUGCCACCCUGCUGCUGCCAGCUCCCCGUGUCCUGGGCCUCGUCCCUGUGCCCUGGGGGUGCCCUGGGGGUGCCCCUGGGUGACAGGGGACAGGCAGUCACCCUGUGGUGUUCCAGUGUCUGCCUCUCCACACAGCUGCUCCCCCCUCUGUGGGUUGAAACUCGCGGUGUAAAUAUGCUCGUGGAAUAAACCUGGGCUGAAACGCGUUGCCUUG